AUGACAUGUAUGAAUUGCGUCGGGAAAGUCGCCGCCGCACUCGAGGCAUUGGAAUCUGCCACUGACGUCGCCGUGUCGCUCGAGGACGGCCGAGCCACCUUGAGAUUUGCGGGCGAGGACGAUGCUCUGGUGCGCGCCGUCGACCUAUCGCCGCCCGUGAGCCCGCUACGCGAUGUUGUGCUUCGUAUCGAAGGUAUGACGUGUAUGAAUUGCGUCGGGAAAGUCUCCGUCGCGCUCGAGGCCUUGGAAUCUGCCGCUGACGUCGCCGUGUCGCUCGAGGACGGCCGAGCCACCUUGAGAUUUGCGGGCGAGGACGAUGCUCUGGUGCGCGCCGUCGCCGAGGGCGCGAACAAGGUCGACCUAUCGCCGCCCGUGAGCCCGCUACGCGAUGUUGUGCUUCGUAUCGAAGGUAUGACGUGUAUGAAUUGCGUCGGGAAAGUCUCCGUCGCGCUCGAGGCCUUGGAAUCUGCCGCUGACGUCGCCGUGUCGCUCGAGGACGGCCGAGCCACCUUGAGAUUUUCGGGCGAGGACGAUGCUCUGGUGCGCGCCGAUGUUACGCGAGGGUACCGCAAGGAGCACCAUGAUAGCCUUGUGGAGAGCGAUGCCUCCUCAGCCAACGACGUCACCACACAAUUGCGCGUGAGUGGCAUGACGUGCUCAGCGUGUGUGGGGUCUGUGGAGACCGUCCUGUCCAAGGCCGACGGUGUGUCGAAGGCGAAAGUCAACUUGCUUGCCGGACGCGCCACCGUCAUCCACGACGCGUCCCUCACCGUCGCCCAAGAACUAGCCGCUCUCGUCGCCGCCUCAGGCUUCCAGUGUCAGGUUUUGGAAAGCACCGGCAAUAACGACAAAUCCACCGCGGCAAACGUUCCCAAGCCAACAUGUGGCGCAAGAGAUUUUUGA